CCUACACAAGAGGAUUCCCUUCCAUCAUGAGGAAAGUUGUUUGGCUACUCCUGCUGCUUCCAUGGCGGGUCCAGGGCCAGCUAGAGCCCUCUACAUCAACAACUGCCACUGCUACAGGGAGUCCCUCUGCAGCUUCUACAGAGAAAUGCCCAGAGUUGUAUGCAUAUGAUGAAUGGGUGCAUGACUGUUUACCAUGCAGCAUAUGCAUCUCAUACCCCAAUUCACCAUUCUGCCAUGCAUGUCCAGAGUUUAAUAAGGAAACUCCUCAGGCACCUGCACCAGCAGGUCCUGACUCAGAAGUGGACUUAGAGACAUCUGAUGUAGUUGGACAAUCCUCAGACUUCCUACCUAUGCUGACUGGAGCUAUUGUUGGAAUCAGCAUUAUGUUUCUGGUUAUUUUGGCCCUAAUUUUGAGCUUCAAGGUAUCAUUCAUUAGGGCGAAAUGGGUCAAAUUGGGUUUAAUGAACAAGCAGCCACAGCGAAAAAAGAGCAAAAAUGGAAGAACUAUCGAUGCACCAGAUCUGCAACUAAGUGAAAGAAUGCAUGGAGCCAAUUGCAAUUUGAAUGUACUGAUAGCCCAGGCACCAAAGACUUUACCUCCAAAAACACAAAAUGCAAUUGCACAGAUGCAAAAGAAAAGUGUCCAGUUUGUGCCAGAUGGAAACAUAUUUGACUCUGACUCUGACAUAAGUCUUUGUGAGACUAGAACAUGUAGUUCUGCAGCAGACAGUGGAUAUUGUGCUCCCAUUGUAUUGACACCAUCUAACAGACUCAGUGUGAUACAAAUGUCUCAAUGUGAAGACGAAAGUUGCAAUGAGAGCACAGACUCUGUGUGUAGUAAGAUCAACAUUGCUACAUUUGAUUGUAACUCAGUUGUUUUCUUUUCGGAGGCUCUUAUUGGCAAAGACGGCGGUAUCUUAAUGCUUCCUAAUGCUGCGACUUCUCUACUAUUCAGUCCACAUUCUAUCUCAAACCAGAUUGACAUUACCCUGGAAAUACUGCAUAACCCAGUUAUACUGCCUGACUUAGGGGAAGAUGAGACUUUGGUCAGUCCUUUUGUGUGCUGUGGUCCUCACGGCUGGACCUUCAACAAACCUGUGCUGUUAACAUUUCCUCACUGUGGCAUGUCUGACACAAAUGACUUUACCUUACUUGUCAGUGAAACAAGUAGUCAGCAGGUUCCAGAUUGGGUAGAAGUUAGCAAUGCUACCCCAGGUAUUGAGUACUUUGUCAGGGACAGCGAAUGCCUUGUGUACACCAAACAUUUCACAGGGUUUUCUCUGAAGUCUAGGGGCCCCAAGCAAGUACGUUUACUCGCUUUUUCAAGCGUAUCUGAUAACUUGUACAGGCUUAGGGUCUACUGCAUCAAUGAUACAAAAGAUGCCAUUGAUCGCAUUAGGAGGGAAGAACAGGAAUUUGGGUUCAAGCCAACCGACAGGGGGAUUUCGAUGACCUUCUUGAAUAACAAGGAGGACAUUCGUCUGAAAGCAAACUUAGAGACACCAGGCUGGAAGUUUCUAAACAGUUCACAAGAGCUUGUGAUCAGCUACAAUUCAGUUCGGGGAAAGAGGGAUGGUAAUGUGAUGUUCAACCUUCAAGCAGAACCAGACCUUAAGGGAGACGCAAGGGUUCUGUCCCUGAGCAUACAUGCUUUUCAGGAAGGCAACUCAGACUCUCCAACAUACAGUGUUGCUGAGGAGUUGCCAAUUGGAGAGUUUGAAAUGACCCCAUCUCUGCCUUCCUACCACAGAUGUGAUCAUAGAGGGGCAUGUAACUGUGUGACACAAACGCAGGUCUACACAGUACACACUAACAUUACAAACCAGGCAAGGGUGUCUUUUCUGAACACUCUAGGAAGCCACAGAAAUCUUACCAUCCCACAUAAGCUUCGCACACAUCUUUGCAUUAAACUAGACCCCCUAAAAGAGCGUGGUGAUGACUGGAGAAGUCUUGCGAGUGAUUUGGGCCUUGACGAGUUGAUUGAAUACUUUGGUUCAAAGGGAAACCCAACUGAACUGGUGCUCCAAGAGUUUGAGAAGUCUGAGAAGACCUUGAAAGAUCUUUGGGGUAUUCUGAUAGGCAUGGGGAGGCCAGAUGCAGCUUCUUUGGUACAAAUGUACAUUCAGACAACAAGUUGUAAGCUGCCUUCUCCUGUUAGUGACAGUGGGGUGGGAAGUCCUGAUACAGAUCUAGAGGCACCAGGAAGGGAUAGCACUCCUUCUCCUGGUUCUGAUGUAAGGUUCUUUCCAAAUGGCCCUUCAAGAGUAGGGGAGAGCUUUGAAGCCAUAUCCGAAACAGACCCACCACAACAUGUGCACUGCGGAGGGUCUGUUCCUUCUGAGGAUUUGUACAAUUCUAGUCAAGCUGCUGGUUCUCAGACAAACUCUCCACAGUUCUUGCAUUGUGGUGGCUCUGCCCCUUCCCAGGAUUUGUACACAUCUUCUCAAGAUGCUACUUCUCAGACAAGCUCUCCACAAUAUGUGCAUUGCGGAGGGGCUGACCCUUCAAAGGAUUUGUUCAGUUCUUUAUUUGAACAUGCUAUUUCCCAGACAAACACUCCACAGUUCUUGCAUUCUGGAGGGCCUGUUCCUUCCCAGGAUUUGUACAAUUCUUCUCAACAUGCACAUGUUUCUCAGACAAGCUCUCCACAAUAUGUGCACUGUGGAGUGUCUGUACCCUCACAUGAAUUGUACAACUCCUGUGAAGAACAAACUGAACCAAAACUGAUCCAAGCUAUUGAAAAUAUGCAGGACUUACCACUUAACGUUAACAGCACAGCCAGGGAGAAUGAUGAGCCAGGAAAUGAUGAGGCUCAGGAAAUAAACGAGACAGGUACAGAUGACUCUGUCAGCUCCCAAGAUAUCGAGGUUAUGGUUGUUACUAGUCCAGAAGUUAGGCAUCUUCCAAAUGGGCUCCGUGAGACAGAAGUGUAAACUGAUGACACAGUGAAAUUUGUCAUUGAAACAUACUGAGUUCUUAUAUCAUGACUUCAUAUAUAGUCCAGUUGUUAGCGGCCAUGCCUCUGGAACUAGAAGUCGUGAAUCCAAGUGUACACUCCUGUAAGGUGUUCCAGUCCUUAAGACAGGACAUCAAGCAGUGGUUCCCUGUCAAUUAUGCUUGUCAAAAAGACCUAUACAAAAUUCUUUGCCCUCCCAAAAUGUGACUUAAAAAUGAGAUGGAAUGUGGACUUCAAAAACUGAGAAGAUUGCAACAAGGGACAGCAUUUGCUUUUGAAUAAGGGUAAACCUGCCUGUCCAUCAAAUAGUUCAUUUCAUUGCAUGGCCUUUUGCAUUGUAUAUACAUGUAUUGUUAACUUUUAAUUAUCUGUUUGGAGUAAUUGAUUCCCUUUAAUAAGUUAGUGCCUUUUGCGUGAUAUGUAUUAACUUGUUGAAGUGUGUGUGUAAUGACUUAAUCAGGUUUGUUUUUUUAUCGCAUCAGUACUUUGGUGUUAAAGAAUUGUACAUGUAUAUCAAGUGGUGAUACUUAAUUCAUACUAGUUUGUUUCUGUAUUUUGAAAGACAUUUAAUUAGUUUUAUUAAUUUGUAUAUACAAGGGUUGCAGGUAAUAAAUGGUCAUAAAUCAUAAUACUUAGCUUGUACAAUAAAGCUUAAAUUUGUAGUUAUUGAUAUCAGAUACUUGAAAACAAAACUGCUACUAACUGUACAUUGUAAUAGGACAAAGUUUAUAAAUAUGCACGUAAAUACUGUGAAUCUUUGUGUGAAUUGACAAAUUGAUUAAGAGGGCAUAGUAGAGAAGAUGAAGAUGGCUUUGUAUGGCAGAAAAAGAAGCUUUUAUACUAUAGCAUGAUAACCAUUAAAUUUCCCUGCUUUUUUUACAUAAUUAUGACUUACAUUGUGUUACUGAGUUAAACAUACAUUGUAUAUUUCUACAGUAACUGCUGUAUACAUAUAUACACAAUGUACCUCUAGUCUGUAGAUUAAAAAAAGGGCUGUACAUGAUGCAAUUAUGAUGCUUAUCUUGUCUUUGUGCAUUUGUGUGAAUGUUUAUGCAUGACAAGUGCAUGUGCUUGCGCAUAUGUGUGUGUUGGUGUGCGUGUGACGACUAAAAAUACAGAGCAGCCAUCUAUCCCAAACCUGACAGGCUCCCUCAAAUCCCCUCCUCCUUCCCAAAGAAUGGACAGAAAAAGAUAGAAAAGGACAGGAAAAUUAAGUUUG